AUGAUGGGCGAAGAGCCCAGUCCUUCUCGGCCGAAGGCGAAGAAACUUCCCUUCAAGCCGACAGCUUUGCGCAAGUCGGCGUCGCAAAGGCUAGCGACGCCGUCUGAUGACACCAACAUUGAUGAUGGCCUUGACUUGUUUCGCAGGUCCAAGGAGAUGGAGCCAAUCGUGGCUGCCGACCGUGAGAGGAGGAUGAAGAAGAAGAUGAAGCAGAAGCAGGAAGAAGAAGCGCGGCGAAAGUCGGAUGAAUCCGCCAAGAGGCCGCUGGACGAUGAUGAGGAAAUAGAUACCCAGGCAGCUACGGGACCACACGAGUCCCCUUGGGUAGCUAGGAGAAGUACACCUGUUGGUGGUUGUUCUUCCAGAGAUGGGGACGUCAUGGCCAGGACGUCAAACCCUACACCCAUCGUGCUUGUCGACUCAGAUGAUGAUGAUGGCGGUGAUGUUCAGGUAGCACGUAGCACUAAACAACGAGAAGCUAGCGUAGAAGUCCACGAGACCAGCUUCAUGGCCACCGAGGAGGAGGACGAAUUUUCCGAGUACGUCCGCAGGGCGGAGGAGCAGCGAGCUCGAGACCAGGCCAUGCUCAGCGUCGGCGAAGAUGGCGAAGCGAUAAAGGAUCGCAUUGAGAUUCUCGUCACAUCGGUUGUCCCGGGCACCAAGCCCUGCUGCUUCAAGUUUCUGUUUGACAAACAACUACGCCUCGCUCGCAACACGUGGCUUACGCUCCAGCAUCACAAAGGAAUUCUGAAAGACGUCCAAAAGGAAGACGAUAUUGUGCUUACGUGGCGAAGGCAAAGGGUGUACACGUUUUCUACGCUGCUGACCCUGGGUAUCCGGCCUCAAGGGAACGGGCGGGCCGUCGUGGACGGCAAUGGCUCAAAGGGGCUAGCCGACGGCCGGACGCGAGUCCACAUGGAGGCGUGGACGUUGGAUUUAUUUCACGAAAUGGAACGCGAGGAGGAGCUAAGAAGGAAGCGAGGAGCAGGCGAAUUGUCGGACGAGGAUGACCGGGCGGCAGCAGAAGAGGCGCCUGCUCCGGAGGUCAAGAUUCGCGUCAUUCUCAAGUCGCGGGACUUGGAAGACGUCAAUCUGACAGUGCGUCCAGAAACGACAGUCGAGACGUUGAUCACUGGGUUCCGCACACAGCGAUCAAUAGGCUCCGAUAAAGACGUAGGCCUGUGGUUCGACGGCGACAGGCUAGAGGAGCAUGUCACCAUGGACGAGGCGGAGAUUGAUGACAUGGACACUUUUGAAGUCCACAUCAGGUGA